AAUGGAAAGAGUAGGUAGUAGGCGUCUUUUAUCAUCGAAAUUCAUAGAGAGAUACUUGAUGACAAUGAGUAUUCAAUGUUAUCAUUACCGAUUAUUAAAGUCAGUUAGUAUGUUUCCGUCCGUUGAGAAAGAUUAUAGUGUGAAAAGUUCUACGACGAAGAUUCGCAAAGGCAAACACGUUCAUCUACGACAUUCUAAUUGUUUGCAAACUAGACAAUCAUAACAUUCGUUCCUCACAUGAAUCUAUUUCUAUCUUUCUUGCUAAUGCACGAACGAGUUAAGCAUAAAUUAAAUCAAAGAAACAGAGAAGAAAGUAUUUAGAAAAAGUUGAUGAUAUAUGGAAAAGGUGUAACGGAAUAAUAAUACGAGAGAACGAAUGAUUAAAAGGAUCAUUUUACCAAUAAAAUGCGAUUACUCGUCAGUCAAAUUCUCGCCAAACGAAAAAUCAAUAAUAAAUGACGUUAGCGUUAAGAGUUGUUAAAUUUAACGAAGUAAUGUGAUUAUUAGAUAUUUAAACAAGGAAACCAUAUUUCCAAUUGAAUACACAUUCUUUUGUGAAUUUGAAUUUGUCGUUUAAACGAGAAUUAUCAUUAUUUUUCGCUUGUAUUAUUUAUCAUCGAUGUUACAGUUUCUCACAAUGAAUGAUACACGCUUCGUCAACUGACGAAGAUUCAUUUUCAAAAGAAUCUAAUUUCUUUUUAAUCAACGUUAAUUACAAGUUCGUCAUUGUGAUACUCGAAGCAUAUUAUUAUCGACAAGAUGGAUUUGAAUAAAAUUCUUGAUAAAGAAAAUGAUUUUUUGGACAAAGAGGAUAUGAAAAAUAUGACAGAGUUUGAAUUUCUUAGAACAGUUUUAGGUCCAAAAUAUCUUCCAAUGAGUUUGGUAUUGCCUUUGACUACCGUUUAUUUGGCGAUUUUUGUGUCAGGAAUUUUUGGUAAUAUAGCCACUUGCACGGUUAUAGCAAAAAAUUCGUCGAUGCAAACUUCUACAAAUUAUUAUCUCUUCAAUUUGGCUAUUUCCGAUUUGACUCUACUUAUACUCGGUUUGCCCAAUGAAUUAAGUGUAUUUUGGCAACAAUACCCAUGGACUUUGGGAUUAACACUUUGCAAAAUCAGAGCAUACGUGUCCGAAAUGUCUUCUUACGUGUCAGUUCUCACGAUAGUAGCUUUCUCAAUGGAAAGAUAUCUUGCCAUUUGUCAUCCCCUUCGAGUUUAUACCAUGAGUGGAUUGAAAAGGCCAAUACGUUUCAUUUUCGCUUCAUGGUCUAUUGCUUUAAUAUCGGCGUUACCGUUCGCAAUUUAUACUAAGGUCAACUUUGUCGAAUAUCCUCCAGAUUCGGGCAAUUAUUCCGCCGAAUCAGCAAUUUGUGCUAUACUCUCGACUAGUAUGCCAAAUUUUCCGCUUUACGAGAUAAGCUGCAUCAUAUUUUUCUUCUUACCGAUGCUCAUUAUCCUCGUUGUUUACACUAGAAUGGGUUUAGAAAUACAUAGGAGUACAAGACGUGUAGUUGGGCCCAUCGUUCACAGUUCGAUUCACGGAGAAACGCGACAGGUUCAAUCAAGAAAGUCAACCAUCAGGAUGUUAAGUGCUGUCGUCGUGAUGUUCUUUUUAUGCUGGGCACCUUUUCAUGCUCAAAGAUUACUUUACGUUUACGCAAAUGAUUCCGAUUAUUAUCCUGACUUGAACGAAUGGCUUUAUAUAUUAAGCGGAUGUCUCUAUUACUUUAGCACCACAGUUAAUCCAAUUUUGUAUAAUUUAAUGAGCGUCAAGUAUAGGGAUGCUUUUAAACAAACUAUUUGUUGCAAGAGGAAAGUUAGAAAAAGUUGGACCAUUACGUCACCAGAUCUUUGUCGAUGCGAAUCGUACGAAGAAGCACAUUUGCCACGUUUUAUGUGUUCUAUGAGAUAUACAUUCGGUCAAGCGAAGGAAGUAUUUCGUUUUACGUCAAAUCGAGAUCGAGUUGCACGAAAUAAGACUACGCACGAUCGUUACGGUGAAAUUCAAAAUGCCACGAUCGAGGAUCCCUCCAAAUCUCUUUUGAAUAACAACGGUGGACAUAUUGUUGUUCAAGAACAAAGCAGUAUAACAUCGGAAACUACAACGUCAAAAAUGAUUGUGAAAGAAUCGAUCUCAACGGCUAGAUUCAAUAUUGAACAAAAAAAAAAAAAACUAACGAAUUAUUAUCUAUUGUUAACUCGAUUAAUUAAUUCGAGAAAAAAGACUCAGUAUUCAAGAGGUAUGAAUAUUUCAAGCCGUUACACGAUCCCUUUAAGCAAUAUCACGGAGCUUACAAAUUUGGAUGAAACGGAAUAUUUGCUAAAAAAAUUGGGUUCCAAAUAUUUACCACUUCAACUAGUUUUACCAAUAACAUUUGCAUACGUCAUCAUUUUUGUAACCGGUGUAUUCGGUAACAUCAUGACUUGUAUUGUCAUCAAGAAAAAUCAAACUAUGCAAACCGCUACGAAUUAUUAUCUCUUCAACUUGGCUAUUUCUGAUCUUCUCUUAUUGAUUUUAGGUUUACCAAAUGAAUUGAGCAUUUUCUGGGAACAAUAUCCAUGGCAGUUUGGACUGUACAUGUGUAAAUUACGAGCCUUUGUAUCAGAGAUGUCCUCUUACGCGUCGGUACUCACUAUAGUAACAUUUUCAUUGGAAAGAUAUUUAGCUAUUUGUCAUCCUUUGCAUCUUUACACCAUGAGUGGUUUAAAACGACCAAUUAGAUUUAUUUUGGGUACUUGGAUAGUGGCACUGAUUUUUGCUAUUCCAUUUGCCAUUUAUACAACCGUCAACUACAUUGAAUAUCCUCCAGAAUCAGGAAGAUAUUCAGAGGAUUCAGCAUUAUGUGCGAUGCUAUUACAUAAUAUGCCAAACUUCCCACUUUACGAGUUAAGCUGUAUAAUAUUCUUCUUAAUCCCUAUGGUGUUCAUAGUAGUUCUCUAUGUGCGAAUAUGUCUCAGAAUACAAAGGAAUACUCUUGAUCACAGUAUCGAGGGUACGGUUCGGGUUCACGGUGAGACGAGACAAGCACACUCACGAAAGGCUAUUGUACGCAUGCUUAUCGCCGUUGUCAUAAUGUUCUUCGUCUGCUGGGCACCUUUUCACGCACAACGAUUGCUUUACGUCCAUCGAACGUCAUAUUUCAACGAUAUAAAUGAAUGGUUGCAUCCGUUGAGUGGGUGCCUUUAUUAUUUCAGUACCACCGUUAAUCCAAUUUUAUAUAAUGUUAUGAGCGUUAAAUACAGGAUAGCAUUUAAAGAGACACUUUGGUGUUCAUCAGUCAAUCUUUCCACUCCUCCGGAUGGCAACAAUAGUGUUACGGUUUAUGAUUGUGAAACUGGAAAAGAAUUUCGUAUGAUACGUAUCAGGAGUUCGCGUUACAACAAGAGGAGUAUCAAAAGAUAUGAUUCGAGCGAACAAUCGAAUAUCUCGCGAAGAUCAUUAAAAAAUUCUCAAAGAAGCACCGAGGACGAUGAAAGAAGUUCUCCCAUCGAAACUUCUAUGGACGAUGAUCCACCGAUCAUCGUAUCUACGAAAUCAUCUUUCGUCGUACAAUCGUACAACGGACGAAUAAAAUGUUGGACCACUAAAAAGAAUAGAAGCUCUUCGAAGGAAACGCACAUUUGAUCUGGGCCUUAUUUUCUUAGACGAAAGGAUUCGUUCUAUAAAUUUACAUCCAAUGAUGUGAGAAAGUUUAUUGAAAUUGGUGAAUCAAAUGAGACUUUUCAGUGAAUAUGAUGGAUUUCUUUCGUAUGAAAGAUCCUAAUCCAAUUAUAUCAAUUAAUUCAACGUAUCGUCCACAUAUGGGGAAUCACGUGUGGAUUAAAGAAUUAAUUAUACUAAAUGUAAUCAAUUUUUAUUUAUAGUACCAUUUGGAAAAACAUAAGAAAGAUAGGACGAAUUUAUAAUAUUACAAACCCACUUUUACAAUACCCAAUAUUACAAUAUAAUAUAUAUAUCUUUAGAAUAUUGUCUUAUCCGUUUUUUGACAAUUAAAUAUUGACCAUUUUGCACUUUCACGAUUGUUACAACGUAUUGAAUAACUAAAGUGUAAAGGGUAUAUAAUACUCAAACAUAUACGCACACAUAAAUGUUUUAUGCUGUAAAUAUACGUUGCAUGUAUAACAAUUAUUAUUCUCUUAAAUAAAUGGCUUUAAUCGUUAAAAUAGUAAAUAAUGCAUAUGAAGUGAUUUAUAGUUAUACAUUUAAAAAAAUGAGAAAAUCAAUGUUCUGUUGUAUCAGAACAAAUCACAAAAGUAUCAAUAUUGAAAAUAGAACAUUAAAAUAACUCACGCAAAGCUCGCAAACGAAGUUUUCCCUACAAUUUUCUUUCUGAAUAUAGCUGUUUAUAUCUUGCGAAUAUUCCAUAUUUAUUCAUUGCACGUAAUAUGCUAAUAAUAUUAUUUGUAAGAAUUGUAUCUUUCGUUGACGUGCUAGGAAUAUCUUCAUAUUAUCAAGUACAGCAUAUUAUAAAUAACACGGAGUAAUAAUAACGAAAUUUGAUUAUUUUCAGAAGAAAUUUGAUUAUCCUGUCUUUAUUAUUUUAUUACUUCAUGAUUUGAAUAAAAAUCUAUUACUUAGAUAAUAAAAGAUUAUUUUACAACAAACUUUGAAAAAUUGGAACAUAAAGAUGGAUUUUUUUCUUUUAUGUAAUUUUAUCACAAGAAUUAUUUAAAUUAAAACAAAAUUUACCGACAGAGCUGUUAGUAACGUCAUCUGACGAGUUAUAUUAUGACUAACAUUGUCUUAUAAGAUAAGUGAAGUAUUUUCAUUUCAAUUAUACCAACUUACGAGAAAAUAAUAUGAUACUGAUUUAAUUUUGAUAUAUUUUCAAUAAAUAUUUUCACAAUAAUUGAUAAAAACAAACUAAUACUAUGUAUUAUGUAAUUAAUAAAAAAAUAUAUAUUAAUGAAUUUUAAUAAUUAAAUUUUACGAUAAAAAUACUUUUUGUAUUCUUUCAAAAGUUGGCAGCUAUGCGUAUAAUAACUUGUAACGACAAGUUUGAAUUUGUGUUUACAGAUUUGUUUCUGCAUAUACUUGGAACCAAAAUAUAUAUACGUUUUCUUAGGAUAUAAUUCUAAGAAAUGUUAUUUUUAUAAUGUAAAGUGAAAACUGAUUAGUGAAUUAAAUUAAAAUAAUAAACAUGCAAUGUUUUUAAUAAUACUGUGCUUUUAUUUUAGUGAAUGUUAUCUUAUUUUGAAUACAAAAUUUUGGAUUUUUUUAUUAGAUAUUCUUAAUAGAAAAAAAUUUUCUAAUACAAAGAAGCGAUUUAUAAAUAUAUUCUAAGAAUUGA